CGUCAAACAAUACGGGAAUAGUGUUUCGAUUUUUCCGAGUUCUUGAAGAAAAAAUAUAUAAUUUUUAAAUGAAAACAACAUAAUUGAUUUGAAAUGGAGGCUUCUGCGGCUCCAGCUAAAGGCAAGGGUCCGAUUAUAGACCCGGCCUUGUGUAGGUGCUGCAGGUCUAUAAAGAAAUGUCGUCUUUUAACAGUAGAGUACGAAUGGAUGGGAACGAAGGAGGUUUAUUCCGAUAUGUUCAUGGAUUGUUUUGGUCUUCUUCUAUCAAAUCUAGAUGGAGAGACCAAGGAGUGUUGCAUAUGUGCGACCUGCGUGGUGAGGUUGCGGGAUGCAUGUGCGUUCAGGCAACAAGUGCUGCAGUCUGAGGAGGUGUUCCUUAGCACCAGGCUGCAUUUGAAAGAAGAUUGCUCAGACAAGGUGGAGGUGCUUAUAAAGGCGGAACCAUUGUGUGAGGAGUCUGAUGCCUCAAAUGGAAUGGAAGAUAGGGACGACCUUCCGGAUCAGGAUAUGACAGACACGAUAGACACAAAGACGGACGUAGCAUUAAAGGACGAGGGGGAGGAAGCCCCCGUGGCGGGGCGCACGCGCGCCAAGCGGGAGAGGGGGGAGCAUGCCGUCAAGAAGGAGAUCUCCAUCAAGAUGAAGAAGCUGCGAGCUAAACUGGACGAGAUGCUGGAUAAACCUGUUGCAGAAGUACCAGUAAAGAAGGAAACAGGCAAAAAGAAGAAACAAGAGUUAGACCAUGAUUUCAUGGUGUACACCAACGCUUUGACAAUCGUCCACAACUCCUAUGUGUGUCCGUUCCAAAACCGGAUCAGCAUAUAUUACUGUUUCUACUGCCGGGACCAGUUCACUAACCCAAACGAACUGAGAGAACACACCCUAACACAUGACCCAGUAGAACUAUUCCAAAACACGAUGGAAAACCGAAAAAUCCCAAAAAUCGACAUCACAAGAAUCGAUUGCCGAUUGUGCAACGAAAAAAUCGAUGAUCUAGAAGUUUUUAAGAAGCACCUCACUAGUGUUCAUGGAAAAAUGCUUUAUCCGGUCACGAAUGAGUUUCUCAAAUUCAAAUUGAGUUUGGAUAAUUUGAUUUGUACGGAAUGUAAUGGUACUUUUCCGUAUUUUGAUGUUUUGAAAAAACAUAUGAUUGAUCAUUUCGGUACUUAUAUAUGCGAUGUGUGUGGGGCCUGUUUUCUGGAGCGCAAUUCUUUAAGGACACAUAUAAAAUCUCAUACGAAAGUCGAAGAGAGUUUCCCGUGUGAGAUUUGCGGGAAAAAUCUUAAAAGUAAAUACAGCAGGUAUCUACACGUUGCUACGGUACAUGAGAAGAAACCAACAGUGAACUGCUAUAAAUGCGAAGCAAGUUUCCUCUCCUAUGCUCUAAGAAACCGACAUUUAAUAGAAGUGCACGGUGAUAAAAGGACUUUUGCGUGUAAAUUGUGUGAUAAAGUGUAUAAUAGGAGGAAAACUUUAAUGGAACAUAACCGUAGGAAUCAUUUGAAAGUGUAUAGACAUCAGUGUGAUUUGUGUGAUCAGAGGUUUUACCUCCCUUCAAGGUUAAAAGAACAUAUGGCGACUCAUACAGGUGAGAGGAAUUUUAGAUGUGAGUUUUGCGAUAAAAGUUAUCCCAGGCUUCAGUCCUUGCAAGAACAUAUAAGGUCUCAUAGUAACGAUAGGCGGUACAAAUGUGAUAUCUGCAAUUCGACAUUUACACAAAAUGGCAGUUUGAAAAAUCAUAUGAAGUCCCAUCAUCAUCAGAAUUAUGAUUUAGAUGCUAAUUAUAGUUGAAUUUGCAUGUAGGAAUGAUGAUGGGGUUUUAAAAAUUAAUAUUCUAUAUACGCCCGAAUACUCAAACGCUACUCAAUUUUAAGUUGUACUUUAAUAUCGUGCUAUCUCUGUCAUUUUAUAAAGAAUUGAUAGUGACAGAACUACAUUUGAGAGCGUCUUAAAAUUGAGUAGCGUUUGAGUAUUCGGGCAUUAGUCCGUCAGUAAGGUAAUGAUAAAAUAUUCU